CCCAGCCGGCCGCGGCGCCGCAUUUUCUCCCCGUCCGGUACUAGCCACGCCCCAUCUUCUCCCCGAUCCAGCAGCAGCCACAUUUCCCCAUCUUCUCCCCUGUCCAGCGGCUAGCACCCACGCGUCGCCGUCCGGCCGUCCGGCCGCCGCGUCGGACCUCCUCGCCCGCAUCUGCCGCCGCGAGCCGGCGCGCUCGUCCCUACCCCUCGACCUCGAGGGGUAGGCCAGCAUUCCCUCCGUCCGGCCGCCGCGUCGCAGCUUCUCCCCCAUCCGGCAGAUGCGGCGUCGCCUCCGCUCCGUCCACGUCCGGCAGCGGCAGCCACGCCCCUGUCCCCGCGCGCACUGUUUCCCACGCAUGGCGAGCGGGCGGCGGCCGUAGGGAUUUGGGGGUUUCUCCGUUCGCGUGCAGCGGUGGUUGGGAUUUGGGGAUUUCUCCUUCCGUGCGUCUCUGCACCCUCCUCCUCCUCCUCCCCCACGCCGUGAUCCAACGGCGCCACCUCUGAUGGCCGAGGAGCAUCCUGCAGAUGCAGCACAUUGGAUGGCCGAGCAGCACAAUGCGGCCAUCAUCACCAGCCCACUGCACGACGACGAUCUGCUCGAGAGGAUCCUGAUCAGCCUCCCGGGGGCGGCGUUCCUAGCCCGCGCCGUGCCCGUCUCCGACCGCUGGUGCCGCGUCAUCUCCGACGAGGGCUUCCUCAAACGCUUCCGUUUCAGCCACCCGUCGUCGCCCCUCGUCGGCGUAUUCGUGGACAACAAAAACGAGCGCAUCCCCCGCUUCCACACCGGCAUCACCACCGCCAACCCCGGCAUCGCCUCCGCGGUGCGCCGCACCGACAUCUGCCUCACCCGCCUCGACGAUGCUCUGCGGUGGCGCCUCCGGGACUGCCGCAAUGGCCACCUCCUCCUCUCCGGAUCCGACGGUUCACUGUGCAUCUAUGACCCGCUCUCCGAGCGGCGUGUGCCCAUCGGCCCGCGCACGCAUCUUGACCAGCGCUGGAAGUGCCUCGGCGACUGCUUGCUUGACGGCCUUGCCCGCCAUAUGGUCUCCAUGGAGCAACGCGGCCAACAGACGCAUGCCGAGGAGUCCUUCCGCGUCAUAUCCUUGCAGUGGCAGAGCAACUCCAGAUUCAAUGUACGAGCCGUUGAGUAUAACUCCGGCACGCUUGAGUGGCGCGUCCACCCACAGACUGGGUGGACGAAGGUUCAGUUGACGAAAUUGCAAUUGAAGGCAAUGUAUGCAGCCGGCCACAUAUUCUGGCAAACUGAUGUCGCCAGAUUGCUGGUGCUAGACACGAGCUCCAUGGAGUUCUCAGAGCACGGUGUCCCAUGGGAGAUAGUCUCUACCAGUUGGGCCAUCGGAGAGCUCCGAGACGGCAAGGGCUGCCUCGUGUGCCUCCAAGGCCUCAAUAGCUCGUUCGGCAAAGAUGGCCUCAUAGUGGAGGAACCUCUCCGCCUGGAAGUCUGGGCACUAAAGAAGGAGGAGGAGGAUAAGCAAGCUAAAUUUUGUUGGAAGUGCGAGAAGGGUGUCCGGGUGAGCGAGAUGCUCCCGGAGGACGCUCGUGUGUACAAAGUCCACAAGGUCAUCAACGGACUAGCGUUAAUUGGCUGCACCAAGGGCUCCUAUGCUAUUGACUUGCAGACCAUGACUCUGUUGUCAAAGUUUGAGUCUGGUGGAGAUAUUUAUCCGUACCAGAUGUCGUGGCCACCUGCUGUGCUGGCUGCUGCUACUAGUGUGGUAUCCAGGCAUUUGGGAGCCAACCUGUCUAAUGAAGACAGUGUUCAGAUUCCUAGCAAGAACAUGGAUGGCCGAGAAGGCACCUCUUCUGGUGGAUCGGAAUCUGCAUCUCUCCAAAGUCAACUUCAGGUGGAAUCCCCUAAUGUCAGUGGAUCUAGUGGUAUUGAGGAUGCGUCAUGUGAUGAUGAUAACCAGCGUGCAUUGGCGUCUCUGGGUAUUGGAGAUGCAGUACACACAGAUCCAACAACAGCGGCAGCCAUCAAUGCCGUAAAUUCUCAUGCCAGCGAAGAAGAAACUGGUGGCUGGGCAUCUGACGGAAGAACAAAGCUAACUACAACUCUUGAGAAAGUAGCACAAGAAGUACACAUCAGCCAGACUCCUUUGAGUUCAGAGCAGAAGUACACAUCAGCCAAGCCUUUUAGGGAAGUCCAUGAGCAGAAGAAACGUUUCGCACGGAGAUUCACUGGGUGUCGCGAGGAGUUUUCUUCAAAGAAUAAAAGGAAGAUUCAUGAGGGAUCUAGUGCUCACGUCGAGCUUUCCACCAAUAGGAUUAAUUGUGUCAGCACCUCUCCUGCCGGUGGACCAGAAGCCCAUGAAGAGCCCAGGCCCACACAAGUGGUGGGCCGUCGCACAAGCAACCGACCACGUAAACCGAACAAGCUAAGACAUAAAUGUACCAAGCAUUACAAGGAACAACAUGAGCAGGGGAGAAGAAAGGACAUAUCAACAGAGAGCCUUACACAUAUGUGCUGGAGACACAGCAUUGCAGUCUGCACAAGUCUGAAUCUUUUGUGCUUGUGCAGUAUUUUUUGCACAUGUUCUCUGGAUACAGUUGCAGCAGUGUUAAGGAUGUAACAUGAACUGAUUUCUUUUGGAUCCUGUAGAUUUUGCAGGCAUUUCAAUAUCUUAAGACAGGUUAGCAUCACAUGUUGUUGCCUGUACUGUAGUGAAACAACAUUUAAUGAUCUAGGCACUGCAUAAUUGUUAUACAUUCAUAUUGCAAGCUCCCAUAUCUUAGAACAGCUGCAGGAUGUCAAGGACAAGGAUGUGGCUCUACCACUGAAGAAGCCUAGCAGCAACCGGAGCUUGACUGGUUCGAGAAAUUUGGCGCCAGUCCACGUCGAGUUGGCUACAUCAUAACACGGCACCGCAAAGAUGUUCAGUUGACUGUUGCAGGUGUAAUAUGUCAGGUUCUUGGUAAGGGUGACCAGUGAAGAGUAAGUAUGCAUAAUCUUUGGUUAUGUUCGCAGCUUCUAGCCUCUGGGCCAUGCACAGGUUGUAUCGAUCCAGUUACAGGAGUGUAUGUGGUGGUCGUUUUGUAUAUGCUGGAAUUAUAUGAAGUAGUAUGCUGAGUUUAACACUGUAGCGUUGCUUAAUUACAUCAAGUUGGUAUUAUCAUCGUGGAUUGUAGCAUCGAUCAAUGUUCAGAAUUAAUAUGGUUCUGCUACUAGUGUUCAUUGACUGUCAGCACAUUGCUCUUCUGAAACACAAGUGGACGAACUGUUAAAAAGUUUCCAGUGCACCUGUGACGUAGUUUCCCCGCACAUUCAGUUAUCCAUGUUUUGGAUUUUACCACAGUAUUUUAUACCUCCUGGCCUUGGUUGGUCAGAGUCUCUAAUUUCCUACAUGUUUGCAGGUUUUGUUACAAUUUAGUGAGGUAAUUAAUGAGAAGUGGAUUAUGGUUGCAGGUAUGAUCUAUGCUUUCAUGGCAAAUCCCGAACCUCUUUUAAGUCAUAUGUUUGCACUAAGUUUUUUUAGUUUGUGUCCCAACAUAUUUUCCUAAUUUUAUCUUAUUGGACAGGUGAUAUUUGCAUAAAUCCAUCAUUGUUCUCAAUUAUUAUUUAAAAAAUUGGCUACUCACCUUCCUAUAUAGUUCAAGUCCCUUAAUCCGUUCCUUGUCCAAGUAGAUGCUUGUAGUUGAACCACUCUGAUAUACAAGGAUACAGUACUGAAGAGUGGUUCAACUACUCCUUGUCCAAGCAGAUGCUUGUAGAUGCUUGUAGUUUGAACCACUCCUUGUCCAAGCAGAUGGACUCUCUGUCAGUAGUUGAUUGCCUGUUCUGUAGUUGCAAGAGAUCUACUUAGGCUGCAUGCCCAACAUGUACUUCCUCUAUCCCAUCUUUCCCUAAUAAUAAUAAAGCACGGAUUGACUCCGUGGGUUCACUGUCACAAUACUACAUGGUCUACCGGAUCGCUACAAGCACGUGCUACAGUGUAAAGAGGUCAGCAGGUACAUCUUCCUUUUUUCUCGAAAAGGCACAAGUGUGCAUACUAUAUAUACUAGUAGAAAAGGGGGCAAUGGUCCAGGCCGGGUCAGCCCAUUAUUCCCGGUUCAAUCCAGAACCGGGACCAAUGGGGGCAUUGGACCCGGUUCGUGAGCCCCGGGGGCCGGCCGGGCCACGUGGGCCAUUGGUCCCGGUUCGUCUGGACC